CGCGCAGAGCGUGGUGUGAAGAGCCGCCAUGAUUGCGCCGAGGUUCCCGGCCACCUGAAUCACUGUUUUCCCCUCGAAUAUCCCCCUGUGUGUGUCGGAAAGCGAAAUCCAUCAAAAUGGACCGAUCGUAGGUGUCGGCCGCCUUGCUUAGCGGUGGGCUCAGCGCCGCUCGGCCCCCCCGUGAGAGUGAAUUAUGGAGUGUUUCGUGGGUGGUGUUCCUCGGCCAGGGAUCGCGUAGAGAGGCUCGGGAAAAUGAGCAAGUUCCGGGCGAGGCAGCUGGACGCCGCCAAGCCCAUCCCCGUGUUCAGGCAGGAGGACAUCCCCGACUAUGCCGAGUUCAACGCCAUCAACCGCACGGUGCCCCAGAUGCCCACGGGGAUGGAGCAUCACUUGCAACAGGCCAUCUUCCACCAACGCAUCAUACCGGUGCCAGAAGUAUAUGAUGCAUGCCCCGAAGACUCCUCCGUCCUCGACAGAAUCUACCCUCCCACGUAUAAGGCUCCCAGACAGCUAAUCCACAUCCAUCCAUUCUCGGCGGACCAAGAUAUCCCCGAGUAUGACAUGGACUCUGAGGACGAGGCGUGGCUCAGCCAGCACGCCGCCAAGGGGGAGGUGCCUCUCACCAACCUUCAGUUCGAAGAGAUGAUGGAUAGGCUGGAAAAGGCAUCCGGGCUGAAGGCUGUGACGCUGCAGGAGGCCAAGGUGCUUCUCAAGGAUGACGACGACCUCAUCAUUGCCGUUUAUGACUACUGGCUCAACAAGAGGCUGCGACUAGCGCACCCACUAAUUCCACAGGUCAAGACAGAGAAGGGCUCUGGAUCCAAUUCCAGUGACCCUUAUGUGGCUUUCCGUAAGAGAACGGAAAAGAUGCAGACCAGGAAGAACCGUAAGAAUGAUGAGUCUAGUUAUGAGAAGAUGCUAAAACUGCGGAGAGACCUUUCCCGUGCUGUCACCCUCCUUGAGAUGGUCAAGCGAAGAGAGAAGGCUAAGAGAGAGCACCUCCACCUCAACAUUGAAAUUUUCGAGAGGAGGUAUGAAAUGCAAGACUUCUCGGGUUCAGUUUUGGCGGAAGUUAGUGCACUGCGGACCCAGAGACCAGCCUUUGCGCCCCUCUUCUCCAAUCACCAACUGUCAUCUGGAACCACUGCUGCUAGUGCAACGUCUAGCAGCACGUGGCUUAAAGUUGCACCUUUGUCACAUUCCAGCAAAGUGAGUAAAAAAAGAGAGGAUGGAAAGCGAGAACGGCGGUCCUAUCGAAAACGUCCGCGACGGCACCACGGCCAAAUCUCUUCCUCCGCUUCGUCCACGCCCCCCACGCCUCAACUCACCCCCACGUACACCCACCCGCCUGAUCCCUAUACCAUUGCUUCUACGUACCCUCAGGACUCCCUAGCAUAUUUCGGCUCCCAGCUCAGAGAUGAGGUCGCUUCCCCCCUCCCCUUCAGAAGCGAGGAAGAAAAUGAACCAGAAAGGUGUCCCUUCACAUUUAGAAGGAAAAAAUUUACUUAUUAUCAUGCGCGGCACUCUUCCUCCGCUUCGUCCACGCCCCCCACGCCUCAACUCACCCCCACGUACACCCACCCGCCUGAUCCCUAUACCAUUGCUUCUACGUACCCUCAGGACUCCCUAGCAUAUGCGGCUCCCAGCUCAGAGGAUGAGGUCGCUUCACCCUCCCCUUCAGAAGCAGAGGAAGAAAAUGAACCAGAUGGUGUCUUCACAUUUAGAAGGAAAAAAUUUACUAAUUAUCAUGCGCCUAAGGAAGGUAACUGGCCUUGGGUCCCACCGAGUGAAGGUGGAGGUGGAGACCCGAGAUUUAGAUUUUCCCUCACCUCCUUGGCACAUCCUGCUCGUCGGUGUAUAGGCUUUGCCCGCAGGAGAGUUGGCAGAGGUGGCAGAGUAUGGAUAGACAGAUUAAGCACUCCCUUAGAUGACCUGUGGUCCAAGACCGACUUCAGAAGUGUGGGUCCCAAUGGCCUCACAGCAACCAAUGACUUCUUGCAUGAGGUCAAAACUGAAUGGCCGCACUUCUGUCCAAGCUCUCCUCCUGAAGACAACGACACUGAUGUGGAAAUUGAUGUGGAAACUGUAGGAGUCCCGGUUACCUUAACUCCGGAUGUGAACCUCAAUUCAGCCUCGUCCCCAGAGGAGCUGAACUUGGCGUCUGCAGUGCCAUCAUCCGUCUUCAUCACGGCAGAGGUCAUGGAUGGGGAUGCCAUGGGCAAUAUAACAGAAUUAGAAGUGUCAAUACCUUCAGACUUAGACACGUUACUUAGUGGGGACUCCGGUGUGAUAAUCGGGGAGAAUUUAGAAGUGGAUCUUGUGACAGACAAUAGUAGUCACGAUGGGAAAAGUGGCAGUGGGACUAAUGGUGGCUCCAGCAGCAGUAGUGGUGUGACUUACCAUGAUCUCGCAAGCAGUGAAUGGGCAUCAAAUUUCAGUAGUACAAGUGACAGGCAACAGCAACAUUCCGUAGACUUCACCACGCAACCAACAUCCAAAUUCAUGACCCUGGACUCGACUAACACGCUUCCCUUGGCAGUAUCGGGACUGCAACUUAGUACAAGCAAUGUGACGGGUGACGAGAUGCAGCCUUCAUCUUUACUGCCGCCCUCGUCAUCUGCGGCAGCAACAUCCUCCUCCGUCUCCUUUUCUAUUUCCUCAGCAACUAGUCUAAGUAACAGCUUACAGUGUGCCUCCUCUAGCAGUGGUGUGAGUGACAAGGUUGGCAGCGAGUGUUCAAACAGUGAAAGUAGCGGUGGCAAUGGCCAAGCGAUAACGUCACAGCACCAGGACUCCUUGUCUGCGGAUGCGUCGUGUGUACCCAGUGGACUUCAUUUAUCUAAUAAUAAAAAUAAUGGUAGCAAUGUUAUAAGUAGUUCAACUACAAAUAAUCUGGUGUCUCAAAAAUUGUUCGCUUCAACAACUCGGACAAACGAUAGCUUACCAAACAGUGACAGCAAUAGUAGUGCAGCAGUGUUUACCAACGGGCCGAGCAACUCCUUGGAUAGCUCUAAAUGUGCUAAGCUGGACCAUUACAUGUUCCACGAAACUUGAACUUUGUCCUGAAAAUUAACAAAUGCCAUGAAAAAUUUUGUUUUCGAUUUAAUUCAUGUCUUUAACUUAUUUUUAUACGGAAUGCACAAGGAAAAUAAUAAGAUGUGUUGAUUAUUCCAUGUCAUCUGGUGUUUUAUUCGAAAUCCUCUUUUUUUUGCCUGUGCAAGUUCAUAACAAUUAGGCCAAGUUCAUUGCAUUGGGUUCUCCAGCUGAGACAGCCUUCAAUGCACCAUCAAUUCCAACACUCUCAUGUCCUUGUUUCAUUUGCUCAAAAAUUUCUAAAACUGUAUAGAAGUUAAAAGUACAAAUAAAUGAAUACAAGAAA